AUGGAAGCCAAACUACAAAAGCUCAAAGUCGCAGAGCUCAAGGAGCUCUUGGCCAAGCAUCACCUCGUCCAAACCGGAAAGAAAGACGAUCUCGUCAAGAGGUUACUAGACAACGGCAUAAAUGUAGACGAUGAUGGUACCGAAAUUACAUCGGAAGAUCCUGCACCUGACACUACCUCUACAGCCGCUCCAACAGAUUUGGGUCUACCUACUUCUGCCCCUGUUACCGACUCAACAUCUGCACUCACACAACCUCCUGCCGAUGCAACCGAUCUGACUCCCGAACAAAUACAGAUGAAAGCUCGCGCCGAGCGAUUUGGAAUUUCCUUCAACCCUAAUCCCACUUCCACCCCUAGACCAUCCAAAACCGAAAAAUCCAUCACUACCUCCACAACCUCUAACGCGCCCGCCGCGACGAAAGAAAAGACCAUCAAAAUAGACGCGACUCCAAAGUCUUUGGGUAUAAGCGAGGAGGUAUUAGCGAAACGUGCGGCCAAGUUUGGGACCGCCAAAAAGCCUGAAGAGCCUUCGAAACAGGAGAAGACGGUGGAAAUAUCACCUGAAUUAGCGGAGAAAUUGAGGAUCGAAGAAGAGAAAAAGAGGAAAAGAGCUGAGAAGUUUGGGACGGCACAGAAUACAACCUCUUCCAAUGGAGCUAAUCAACCUGAUCCGAAAAAAGUAAAAGAAUGA